AUGGCUCGAUCGGCUGGCCUAUUUCUCGUUAAACUCUCGAAUUCCGAGGAGCCAUUAUUCUUAUUGCUUCAAGCCUCAAAACAUCCGCAUCACUGGUCACCGCCGAAAGGCCAUAUCGAUCCGGGAGAGAGCGAUUUGGAAGCGGCGAUUCGAGAAACCGAAGAAGAGACUAGUUAUAAACGAGAAACAUUUGAGAUUAUGGAAAAUUCAAUGGAUCAGAUCAGCUAUUUGAUAACCGAAUCAGUGGCUCACCCGGAAGACGUCGGAAAAAUGAAAACAGCCGUUUAUUGGUUAGCUAGAAUGAGUGAUGAGGCUUCGAAUGUGCAAAUCUCAUCCGAGCAUACAAAUAUGAAAUGGGUGACACUGGAGGAAGCCCACGAAAAAUUGACUCUCCCCGGAAUGUCCGAUUUGCUCAAAAAAUAUGCGAAACUUUUGCAAGAAAGACAC